GUUGCUAAGGCAAAUAAAACAAAAAUGGCGGGUGUGUCGAACGGUCAAGAAACAGAAAAAUAUUACCUGCAGAAGGAACAGUUGACAGUAGACUCUGAUGAUGAAUAUGAGUAUGAAGAAGUACCUGUUGAUGAAGAUUUUAUUACCACUGAUUUGGAUGAAGACUUAGAUCUUGCAGUGAGAACUAUCAGAGAAGCUGAAGAAGAAAAAGAUGCAACUGUUAAGAAAGGAGAACUACCAAAACCCUCAGUGACAAGACGAGCUGAAGUUGUAGAUGAUUAUGUGAGGAAUUUUUUAGUAAGGAUGGGAAUGAAUAGGACUCUUGACACAUUUCAGACAGAAUGGUAUGAGCUGCAACAGAAAGGCUCUCUUCAUGCUGAAGAUAUUGGUGUUGUCCCUGAUAUGUAUGGCAGAAAUCAGGAAUUAGAUAACGAAGUAAAAUUCCUCAAGAGAGAAGUAGAAAAAUACAGAGAUGCAGCUAUGAAUGCUAAAGAAACAUAUGUUAAAAUUAGAAAAGAGAGAGACUACCAUAGAAUGCACCACAAAAGAGUUGUGCAGGAGAAGAAUAAGCUAAUAAAUGAUAUCAAAAGAUUAAAGAGACAUUAUCAACAGUAUGAGCCUACAUUACAACAGUUGAAGAAGAAAUAUGAAGUUGCCAUGAAAGAGAAAAUGUUGUCCAAAUUGGAAAAAGACCGAGCUGUUGGUCAAGUUUCUGGAUUACAAAAUACAUUGAAAAGUAUGGAGUCUUUCAAAGGAGGGUCUGCUAAAAUGUCUCAAGGUCCUACUACUAGUACUAGAAGGGGUGUGUACCAGAUAGACAGUGAAGGCAGAGGGCCAACACAAAGAACUUUAGCCAUGGAAAGAGAAAUGUGUGAUGUAGAAAAUGAGCCAGCGGAUUUUAAAAGAUAUCCAAAUGAUACCGAAUUUCCAGUGGAUACAGGAAUUAAUCCACAGCUGGCAAAUGUUAAACGUACCAGCAGUCAUCUAUCAAGGACCGGAGGAUUUAGGCUUUCAAAUACAUUUCAAGCUCAUUCCCAUCCAGUUAGCUGUGUAAGACUACAUCCACGUAAACCAAUUUUGGCCACCACAAGUGAUGACCACCACUGGAAGAUGUGGUCAGUACCUAGUGGAGAAAUAAUAAUGACUGGAGAGGGACAUACUGAUUGGGUUUCUGGAUGUGAUUUCCAUCCUUCUGGUUCUAAGCUGGCUACAUCAAGUGGUGAUACAACGGUCAAAGUAUGGGAUUUCUCUAAAGCAGAAUGUGUACAUACAUUUACAGAUCACACUCAUGCAGUGUGGGGCUCUACAUGGCAUACAUGUGGUGACUUCCUAGCUUCCUGUUCAAUGGAUAUGACGGCCAAAGUCUGGGAUCUGAACAGUUUACGUUGUCGUUACACACUCAGAGGACACACAGACUCAGUUAACAGUAUAGAAUUCCUGCCGUACUCCAACACAUUAUUAACCUGCUCAGCUGAUAAAACUAUAUCCUUAUGGGAUGCUAGAACUGGAUUAUGUGCCCAGACAUUCUAUGGACAUAUGCAUUCUGUGAACUUUGCAACAUUUAAUUUGAGGGGAGAUACUGUUGGGUCUUGUGAUUCUUAUGGUGUUGUAAAAUUAUGGGAUGUCAGAGCAAAUGCUCCUAUGAUUAGCCUGGAUGUUGGACCACAUCCAAGUAACAGAUUAACAUUUGAUCCUACAGGUACAGUGGUAGCAGUAGCCAGCAAUGACAGUACUGUUAAAAUGUAUGAGGUGGCCACUGGAAAGGUUUCAUCACUAGUAGGACAUGAAGAUGCAGUACAAUGUCUGGCCUUUGACCAGAAUGGAGAAUAUUUAAUAUCCGGUGGUAGCGAUUGUACAGUCAGGAUCUGGUCCUGAACAUUGAAAUGAUCGACGUUAUUUAUUCUGUCAUUUUGUCAGUAAAUCAUCCUAAAUAUAGGAGGAUAUGUUAAUUGAUAAAAAUGAAUAACACAUGGAUUUUCAAAGAUUUGAGGAAAAAGACUUUACCCGUAGUUGUAUGAAUAUUUAAAAGAUUGCAUUACAUUCUUUAUUUGUUAUGAUUAUCUUCUUGUAAGAAUCCAUUUUAUGUGAUAUUUUAUAUGUAUGUUCAAGAUCUUAUUUGUUUUAAAUGAUGAAGAAAUGUGCUUGCACAUAUUUAUUUAACUUAUGCUAAAAAAUUUCUAUUUGAAUUGUAGUACUUUUGUUUAUAUUCAAAAAAUUUAUACCAGACCUUUUAUAAAUGUUUGUUUAUUUU